AUGAAGCGAGAUUUGUCAAUUUCAUCUGGAUCAUCGACUAAAGUGGGUUAGAUUGACAUAAACCAAAUGCCCUUCACUCUUUUAGACUUCAGAAUUUUCUUCCACCAAAGCAUCGCGACGUCUGGUGACAAAUGCUUUGGUAGGUGUGUGUUUAUUGGCACAUUGCUUUAGACAAAUUCUAUUGCCCCUCUUCCAAACGGGCCGCAUCGAUUGAAGGGAAGUGGUCCGUCAGAUUCUCAGUCAAAGGAAUUGUCGAGUAUUCACAGUGAAGAGGAAGUAGAUCAAGAAAAUUAUGGUCAAACGUCAUUUCUGAGUUUGAAAAGUCGAAGCAAAUUGAGUGUGAAAGUGAGGGCUAGUAGAGUAAUGCAAUUUUUAGGAGGGAGUUCCGAUUCGCAGAACUGGUUCUACCUACGAAAGUUCUUGUGUCGAUCAAUCAGACUCUAAAUCCAGCAUCGAUGUCCCUCAAAUUCCACCCCAAAUUGCUGAGAAUGCCCUUGGAAAGACCUUGAUUUGUCAUCUGAUCAAACCGAUUACCGUAAGAACGGGCCUUCAGCACUAUGAUAAAAGUUUAGAUUUUGAGUCAUCAAAAGAUUAGAUUGAAACCCCAUAAGAGGCUUCUGACCAUGUCCAACCACUUCUUUAUCACUUCUACGGCCUCUAAUGUCCCUCCAAAGUUCGACGAUAGAGUUAUUCGUAUGAAAAAUUCGAGGAAGUUGAUGCGGAAUUCGUUUGUUCCUUUGGAUAACCAUAUUCCGAUUGGUCGAGUGUCUCAGAAGAUCUUCGCCGAUUCUCAAAUGACUUAUAUGGAAGUAAAGGUGGGAGUGAAUAUGGAUGAAUCGGCCAACGAAUAUGAGUUCAAGGACGCUAGGAGCUUCAAGAAUCUCUUCCACGCCACAUUCAAGGAUUCGUAAGUGCUUGAUAAUAAAGCGGAGAGGGCAGAAGAAACUUGCGCAAUCUUGUGUUAGAUUACGCAAGAACAGUAACCUGUCAAAAAUAGCCUCAUUUUGUCUGACAAAGACAUGAAAAAAGAAAAAAGGCCGAGCCGAGUUUUUGGAUGGCGCCUUUUCGGUCUUUUGCUUUCGGGUGGGCGACUUUUCGGGUGAUGAGUAAAGAAUGAUGACUGAUGACGCAACAUUACGAAUUUCUUUUAUCCGUCUUUGGGGCCUUCGAUUAAAAAAAAAGAACUUUUUGAUUAUCAUCCGAGGAGAAUCCUCGAUCGAUAAUCAAAGUUUGUUUUGUAUCUUGAAAAAAUUAAUUAUUAUAAUUAACCAAUUGUGAAAGAAGAAACGGGAAACUAAGUCUAGGAUUUUCCACCUUUCGAUGAACGAAAAAAAGCCGGAAAACGCCUCUAGGCCGACCCGAGAUCCAUGUCUAUAGACUAGACUAGCCUGCCCUCGGAAUUCUACAAAUUAUAUCAUUCCAUAAUAUCAUCAUUUUCAGGGAACGUGGGGUAAAAUAUCAACCGGUGGAUCUGCUGGUAGCAUUGAGUUUAACAAGAAGAGGCGAUGGAUUGGUGACAAUCAAAGAGAAAAUCACUUUUAAGUUCAAUUUCAGCGCGGGAAAGUAAGUUGAAAUGAAUUGACUACAUAUCAAAUUUUUCCUGUUUAGUAAACCGUAUUUACAAGUCUUGGAGCCUUAUAUUCAAGCGAUGUUUCAUCCACAGGAGGAUAACAUCUCGUCUCCCUACUUCUACGAUGAGUUUGUAACUGUGGGUCAUGAUGUAAUUGAGAUCUCCAGGAAGACCGAGGUCCCUGGAGUGGGAAAGAUAAAAGAUUUUGAGAAAGUAUUGGACUUGGGAGAGAGUUUUGAGCUGCAAGAAGACAGGAUCUACUCACAGAACAGCAGAGACAUGUCCAAGGUUUUAAAUUGUAGGUUACUGUAAUAUAACAUAAUCUUUUUUUAGCAAUUCAUUUCAAGAAUCUGAGUGUGCGGAAUAAAAGGGCUCUGAAGCAUGGAGCCUCCGUUACCAAUGUUCGAACCGACCGUUCUGAAGCUCAGUUUCUGAAAAGUGAAAAAUCUAAAAGCACGGUGAAUGUGUUCAGUCCGAAGCUGCGUACUGUCCAUGCCAACCAUCCAAAGCCAUCAAAAAGUGCUGCAAAUAUUGGGGACAUUCAUGCAAUUAAUGUGAGGAAAUUGAAGAAAAAAUCUCCCAUGGUGAAGAAAAACAUUGAGAAGAUUGAGGCAAGAGGGUUUGCUAUUGCUGAUAUUCUGAAAGAAGUCUCCUCUGAAUCGUCCGGAUUUGAUAUCAUCAAGCCGAAAGAAACUUUUACGGAUAGAAUGGAGGAAUGCAUAAAGAAUGAUUACGGAAUCAGGGAGACCGGCAAGGCGAUGACCGAUAACACCAUGGAAGAAGUCUCCAGUCUCCAGGAAGACAAGACUUUAUCUCCUUUGGUGUCUCAGGAAGAUAUUAAGGUGGGUAGAGAUAAAUUUGUUAUGUAGAUAUAGGAGAAGAAGAAGGGAAGGAAAAUGAAAAAGAAAAAUAAAUCUGGAAUGGAGGAGAACGGCGGGGUCUCCGUUGAUGAAAUGGCUUAUUUCAAGGCCUUGGGACAAGCUGUUGCUAUUCCUUCCGGCGCUCCAGCUGAUGCCAGAAAGAAGAAAAGAAAAAGUCGAAGCAAGGCAGCCACUUCUGGAACUAGAAGCAAUGACGGUCUGGGUAAGGCUUUAUAUUGUAAUACUUUACCUAUUUUUUUUAUCCACCACUUCUGGCUGUCGCUUCGUCGAAAGCAGAAGUAGAAAAUCUACCUUCAAGACCAGUAGAAACACCGAAUCUGAAGUUACCCAUACUGCGAAAGAGAGAACAGUUAAGAAGAAAAGGAAUAAGAAAGAAGUCUCCCUGAACGCUGAUGUCCAACGUGUACCGGUUAAAUUAAACAUGUCUGUGGAAGUUAAUCAGAAGGGAAAGACGGCCAACAUCAAGGAUGUGGAGUUGUGGAUGGGCGAGAAAUGUGUCUUCGAUAGUGACAAAAACAUGUGA